CGCUCUGUUGUCGCUCACUCUCUUUCUCUCUUUCUCUUUCCCUCUCGCUCCGUCACACAUGGACUAAAAGUUAGACAAACUGGGGAAAGGCGUGGAUGGUUGUUUACCUGCUUCCAUCAGCCACUGCAGAGGGACAGUGAAAAGGGGACCCAGAAGCUGUGGGUUGUCAUGGACACCUUUUUCCGCCGGCACUUUAGACUGAAAGGGGCGGAGCAAUCCCGACACAGACGGCCUGGCGUGGCAGUGCCCACAAGCAAGGCUCGCCGGCGCUCCAGUGUAGGACUGCCCUCUGCUGGCCUGGUCCAACGUAGACGCUCUAGUGUGGGACUGCCAUUCACAGGUCCUGUCGGACACAGAAGGUCCAGUGUAGGCCUGUCGCCGARGGCUCAAGCCCAACGAAGACACUCCAGUGUUGGCCUGCCGUCAGGUUAUGUGGGUCGUAGAUGCUCCAGUGUGGGCUUGGCCUGCGCUGCUCACAAACAACGCAGGCACUCCAGCGAGGUGCAGGGGUUACCCCAGGCCACCGGGGGGCACUGUUGUUAUGGAGGCGGGAAGCUAGUGAGGKCCAAAUACUACACCAGGCGUCGCUCCAGCACCACCGUGGCCUGUGUCAACCCCCGCUUCUCUGUCCGCCGCCGGCAAGCCAGCAAGCUCCGCACCAUCGACACCCACCUGCUGGGGCCCUCCAUGCUGCUGGCCAGCCUGGUCCAGAUGAGUGAGGAGCAGCAGAGGGGGGCACCAGAGGCGCAGGGCGGUGAGGGGGCGUCAGGAGAGGACACUGAGAGCUACUGCUCCGAGUCAGAGGGGGACAGCUGCAGUCAGAGAGAGUGUAGCACCAGGUCAGAGGGCAGCGGGAGUGAACGAGAGGGGACUGCGGCAUCAUCAUCAUCAUCAUCAUCAUCAUAUCCAGAGGGAGAGAGGACGUGGGAGGACUGGAAUCAGGCUCAUAGUAUGGCAGCCUUAACGAUGGAGAGCAUCCAGCCCCGGCCCCUGAGCCGCGCCCUGCGCUGCCUGCGCCGRAACUCCUCCCAGCUGCUGCCGGCGGAGGCGGUGCACCGUAGCAGGGCGGUCUACGGUGUGCGCGGGCGCUACCGACACUCCAGCCAGUUACGGAGGCCUUCCACCAUCCCCAACAGCGCCUGGCCAGGCAGGCUAGUCCACACACCCAGCCGCAGGAGCUCUAUAGUGGCCUGCCACUCCUCCCGUUCCCUGUAUAGGAAAUGUUCCGCCUGCUGGAAACCCAGGGGCCGCAGGGAGUCCCUCAACCCCCUGCAGGGCAUCUACUAUGACCCCCGCCUGGAGACUUGGAGUGGGUUCGUCUCGAAGGCCAUCGCUAAAUCGGGUCUACAGCACCUGUCUGCCCAGCCCAGUGCCUCGGCCCUGGCCAAGUUUGACCCAGACAGGGAGAUCCGUAGCAGCUGUGACUGGACCGAGAACGCCCUGUAUGGGGAGCACAUCUGGUUUGAGACCAAUGUCUCUGGGGACUUCUGUUACGUCGGAGAGCAGCACUGCUUCGCCAAGACGCUGCAAAAAUCUGUAGCCCGGAAAAAAUGUGCAGCCUGCAAGAUAGUGGUUCACACAAUCUGCAUAGAGCAGCUAGAAAAGUUAUUCGACACRGAGGCUAUGCCAAAUGAAGCCAGCCUGCUUAUCGAAGACCCCGCCUUUAGAAUAAACUUUAGGUGUAAACCGUCAUUCAGGGAAUCGGGGUCUAGGAAUAUACGAGAGCCCACCGUAGUGCGGCACCAUUGGGUGCACCGGAGGCGCCAGGAUGGGAAGUGUCGGCAGUGCGGGAAGGGUUUCCAGCAGAAGUUUGCCUUUCAUAGCAAAGAGAUUGUGGCCAUCAGCUGUUCGUGGUGUAAACAGGCAUAUCACAACAAGGUGUCCUGCUUCAUGCUGCAGCAGAUCGAGGAGCCCUGCUCCCUGGGUGCUCAUGCCUCUGUCAUCGUACCCUCUACCUGGAUCCUCCGGGUCCGCAGACCUCAGACCUCACUAAAGUUGAGUAAAAAGAAAAAACGGACCUCGUUUAAGCGCAAGUCCAGCAAAAAGGGAGUAGAGGAGGCGCGCUGGAAGCCCUUCAUAGUUAGACCCAUUCCCUCUCAGCUUAUGAAGCCGCUGUUGGUGUUUGUCAACCCGAAGAGUGGGGGGAAUCAGGGAGCCAAGAUUAUCCAGUCGUUCAUGUGGUACCUGAACCCCCGCCAGGUAUUUGACCUGAGUCUGGGAGGUCCCAAGGACGGGUUAGAAAUGUACCGUAAGGUGCAUAACCUGAGGAUACUGGCAUGCGGAGGUGAUGGCACGGUGGGCUGGAUCCUGUCUGCUCUGGACCAGCUCCAGUUGAACCCCCCGCCUGCAGUAGCCAUCCUGCCUCUGGGGACAGGCAACGACCUGGCCAGGACCCUCAACUGGGGUGGUGGUUACACAGAUGAGCCGGUGUCUAAGAUCCUGUCUCAUGUAGAGGAUGGGAACAUCGUCCAGCUCGACCGGUGGAAUCUAGUAGUGGAGCCCAACCAGGAUGCUGGUGCAGAGGAGAGGGAUGAGCAGCAGACCGACAAGCUCCCCCUCGACGUCUUCAACAACUACUUCAGCCUCGGCUUCGACGCACACGUGACACUAGAAUUCCACGAGUCUCGAGAGGCCAACCCUGAGAAAUUCAACAGCCGCUUUCGGAACAAGAUGUUCUACGCAGGGACGGCCUUCUCGGACUUCCUCAUGGGCAGCUCCAAAGACCUAGCCAAACACAUCAAGGUCGUGUGCGACGGCACCGACCUCACCUCAAAGGUUCAGGAUCUGAAGCUGCAGUGUUUGGUGUUCCUCAACAUUCCCAGAUACUGUGCUGGUACCAUGCCAUGGGGAAACCCAAGCGAGCACCAUGACUUUGAGCCACAACGGCACGACGACGGCUGCAUUGAAGUUAUCGGCUUCACCAUGACCUCUCUGGCAACACUGCAGGUCGGAGGUCACGGUGAGCGGCUGAACCAGUGCAGAGAGGUGACCCUCACCACCUACAAGUCCAUCCCCAUGCAGGUAGAUGGGGAGCCGUGRAAGCUAGCCCCCUCCACCAUCCGGAUCUCCCUGAGGAACCAAGCCAACAUGGUGCAGAAGGCCAAYAGGAAGACCUCRAUACCACAGCUCAACGACCAGCAGCCCUUCCCGGAGAGGUUAAGGAUCCGGGUGAACCGUAUUAGCAUGCACGACUAUGAGGCCCUGCAUUACGACAAGGAGAAACUUAAAGAAGCCUCUAUCCCGCUGGGCCUCAUCGUUGUCCCGGGAGACAGUGACCUGGAAACAUGUCGCUCCCACAUCGAGAGGCUCCAAGAGGACUUCGUCUCCAUUCAUCCCUCCUUCAAGCGACUGGUGCUCCAGGAGGAUGAGGGAGCUAAGUCAAAGACCCUUUCCUCGCAGAAGCUUUCGCCAAAGUGGUGCUUCUUGGACUCCACAACUGCAGAUCGAUUUUACAGAAUUGAUCGUGCUCAGGAACACCUAAACUAUGUGACCGAGAUAUCCCAAGACGAGCUCUUCAUCCUGGACCCUGAGCUGGUCGUCACGGAGACGGUGAGCACCUCACCAGGGAUGCCUGAUCUGGUUGAUUCUUCUGGUGAAUUCCCGGAGGCUUCUCCCAAGUUUGGAUUCCCAUCCUCCUCCUCCUCUUCUCCUCCCCCCUCACCGGGACCCAGGAUCAUGGAGCUCCAGAAGACCACUCAGAGGAAGCGAAUAUCCAGCGACAGCUCGGUGGUGGAGGCACUGGCACACAACGACUCUCUCAGGUCCAGUAAGCCUGCCCUCACCAGGGCCGGAUGUAUCCAUCGGUCUAACACUACUGCAGCUGAGAUCAACCCAACAUUGAGGUGAGAUCAAAGCCCCCCUUUCACCACAUUCACUUUCUUUCUCUUCACCAAGUCACUUUCUCAAUUCUGCCCUUUGCACUCUGUCACACAAGAAUGUAUUUACUAAGCAAAGUCUCUGCUUACUAGUUCCUUGGUCUGGAGUCGACACAAUAUCACAGACCUCCACGCAAUGUGCCAGACYUGGCAUGUUGUCCAGUAGCAUCCCAGUGAAGAGAGAGAGUCAGAUCUUUGAAACUGAAUUUCGAAGGGAAUCUUUUUUUUUUAUGGUGUGUCAUGGUAACAUUGUCCUUAAAAUAGUAUCAUAUUUUCCUCCCAGCUUGGCAGGAUGCUUGUGAGAAUGUGGGGAUGGCAUUCAGCUGCUGAUGGAACCAUAUGGCACAAACAGGCCCAUGUGCUCCCUCUCGCUGUCACCGUGCCUCAUCCCCUCUUUUACAUACAAAUAGCUCCAUUUGGACAGCUGAGAGAGAGAGCGAGAGAGACUGCCUUAGAGUAUUCACAUUUGGCACAUCCUSACAUUUGAUUUUACAAUGAAUUAUGUGUCAUUGUUUUUGCCACUCUUGUUUGUCAGCGACGCUAAUUCACUGUUGAUUGAGUCUCGUCUGGAGGCAAAUUUGCAUGAUGGAUCCUCUCCAUGUCCACCGAGAUGACGAAUGAGAAGUUGCAUCUUCUGAACGCUGUCAUGCAGCACCGCAAAGCCARUCCAAACAGGAGCCGCAUGAAAUUACUCCGAAUUUAAGUUUUGCUUGUCACUUCAGUGAUCUGCCAAACAGACUGAUUAYUGUAUUUUGUCGUUUUUCCUUGCCAGAUUUURCCCUGUGUAAUGCUUCCCUGUCGUGCAAUUAUAAUUAUUUCCAAUGUCGUAAUUCAUUUGAGAUWUGGAGCUUUUCUUUUUUCUUGAUGUCCGGGUAAAAUGCUAAGGAUGCUAGCAAGGGAUUUGUUUUCAUAUUGAAUGGGUGAUUAGACAGUAAUCAGCUAGUCUUUGAAGAGAGGUUAUUUGAGCCUUGAUAGAAAGGKAAUCACUGUCAGCUUUUCCUCUGAUGUUUGGUUCAACAAAUCCGCUUAAAUGAACAUGUAACAUCCACCAAGGUGGCAUUAGAAGAUGUCACAUUUUAUGUUCUUUAUUCACUGUAUUUUGUAAUGAUCGUGCUCAUCUGUGUGUAAUGCAUGUUCCUACUAUAAAGGAGGUUGUUAUUUGCAGAGUGUGUCUUGACUGCAUGGACAGUAGAAGGUAAUGGCAGAAGAUGUAAUCAUGUUGAUUUGCACAGCAGCUCCACGUAGAUGGGCUCAAGCUCUAAAAUGUAAGCUUCUCAGGGCAUCACAAUCAAUACAUGUGUACAGUAUGACGGAAACCUUGUAUUUACCGUUCAAUAAAUACUGUAGGGAGCUCUGAUAGACCAGAGCACACAGUCCAGCAUGCAUCAAACAUUCUGAAACAUGGUUAAAUUAACAAUGGUAAGAAAAGAUGGCACCCCCAUACCAUUGUUGACUCAAUGUUUGUGUUUUCGAAAGAUCAAUGUGUUGAAACGAACCACCAGGUCCUCUAAUUGCCUAGUAUACCUUAUUCUGAGACAGACCGUCUUUUCUCACUUACGCAGGAAUGUACAGACUGUUUGCAUUAACGAUCUGCGGGAUGACAAAUUGUUAACAGCUUUGGCCUCUAAGCAUCCAGCAGGCUUGCUUUUCACUUCCUAAUAAGAAAAGAUGAUCCACCAUUUUUAAAACCACAUUCUGGAGUCUGUUUUUCUGCCGAGCUGCAGCCCUGCCACUUUGCUUGGAACCGAAUGUAAUUCAUUGAAAUGACCAUUCAACAGCAGUGAAUCUUGCAGCGUGUGUCUUUAAGGGCAAUCCUGUUGCUUUGGCUUUAGCUCAGUUGAUUAACAUUGUCUAUAGUCGUGCAGGCAACUUUGAUUCUAUGACGCAGAUCAGUUGAUGUCUAUCAGCUGCUGGGGUCAUUGUGGAGAGGAGGAGGAGGAGGAGGAGGAGGAAAGGGGGGGGAUGAGAUCACAUAAUGAGUAACCUUGCCUGAGACCUGAAGACUGAUGUUUAUUCACAGAGCUAAUGCCUAGGCAUUAGUUUGACUGUAGAAGGGCACACAUAAAAGCUUCUGAAGUCCUUCUCCCUGUGAUUGGAGAAUAACUGUCUGGUUGGUGGAGAUGUAUGUGUCUGGACUGUAGAGGCUAGGCUCCUCUAAUUAUGAGGUGAAGCAGAUAUUCGAGUAAACUGUGUGUAAUCUGCCCUGGAUCUCCCUCACACUGACAAUCCAUUAGCGACAGAGGUUAGGCCAGUGGUUUGGGGCUUGAUGUUGCCUGGCACAUCUUAGCUGCAUAUUUUGUUCCCACUCUCAAAGGAAAUUGCUGCCAGGAUCCAAGGGCUUGAACAUAUGCUUUGCCCGAUUGUGAUCACUUUUUCUUAACUUUAGUCUGCUUCUCUUGUUUCCAUACCAACAMAUAUUAUUUUUUAAACCCUGAGAGUGUUCUGUUUGUCACAGGCACUGUAAAGGAACUGAUAAUGCAGUUUGAUGUAAUGUAAGACUGGAAUACUCAUUACAUUUUCAUGAAGUGUGGGUGAAACUGAAUGGCUUUAGUAAAUCAAAGCACACUUUCCUCUUAAGAUAUAUCUUACUUGCAUGGUUCUUUUUCAGGAACUGUAUCACACACAAUACAUGGCCUACAUAUACAGUUGAAGUCYGAAGUUUACAUACACCUUAGCCAAAUACAUUUCAACUCAGUUUUUCACAA